AUUUAAUACAAAUGGCUGAUAAAAGCAGCAACCCAAUGAAGAACAUCCACAUUGAAAAACUAGUUAUCAACUGCUGUACCGGUGAAAGUGGUGACGCCCUCGCUAAAGCCACCAAGGUUCUCAAGGGUCUGACCGACCAGGAACCAUUCCACAGCAAAGCUAAAUUUACUAUUAGAUCCUUCGGAGUUAAAAGAAACGAAAAGAUUGCCGCUAUCGUAACUAUCAGAGGAGACAAGGCCAAGGAACUCCUUGAAAGGGGACUCAGAGUCAAGGAAAACGAACUCAGAAGAAAGAAUUUCUCCGACUCCGGAAACUUCGGAUUUGGUAUUGACGAGCAUAUCGAUCUCGGACUCAAGUAUGAUCCAUCCACAGGUAUUUUCGGAAUGGACUUCUAUAUCGUCCUUGCCAGACCUGGAAAGAGAGUUAAGAAUAGAAAAUACAGAAAGGCAAGAGUUGGCAAAUCCCAAAAGGUAUCCAAGGAAGACGCCAUGGCCUGGUUCCAGAGCGAGAUGGGUGGUACUUUGCUCAAAUAGAGAAUAAUAAUGAACAAAAACAGCCUCAAUAUAAUAUU